AUGGACCUGUCGCUUUUGCCUGAAGAAGUGCUUGUCAAUGUGCUUCGACAGACGUCUCCGACCACAGUCAUCACCGCAAAACGGCUCAAUAAGAAACUGCACAGAAUCGUCGAACGCAAUCAUCUGGCCAAACCUCGUGUCGACGACUUCAACGUUGAAAUGCGAACAUUCCACGGACGAACACGUCCCAUCGGAAAGUUACAACUGAAGAACAAUGGAGGAGGUACGGUACAUCGUCGAUUGGUGGUGACAAUGAAACGAAAGAACAAAAGUCGUCAAGUGGUCGAAGAAGGUGUUGAGGGACCGAGUAACUCGUCCGGAACGCAACUUAUUGCCGAAGAAAUGAAAAAGGUGUUGCUUUACGAGAGAUUGUCAUUCGAUGGCGUCACUGCUGAUACUGAAUUCAUGAAUAUGCUCACAGCGAAGUGGAACGACUUGAAGUGA